CACCGCAACGCGUAACUGUGUUAAGUUUACCUCUGGAUUUGAGUCUUAUUUCAACAGAAUUGCUGGUAAACAUUUUCCAAACCCUUACAUUCUUAAACCGGUCAAUCCGAAACAGCGCACUAAAACAUUAUCUGAAAGUUGACAAAUUUUAAACUUUGCUUCCAUAGAAUUUGGGGUCGUUUAAAUCUUAAUCUAAUCAAUAAUUUAACAAAUUAUUCUGCUAAGUUAUUGAUCUUUAUGACAUAUGGCGGAUCCAAUUUCUUCUGUCGCGACACCUGAUCCGAUGCUCGCCUGCAACCCGGUCAAGGAAUACUUCGCUCCAGAAACAGGCAGUUGUCUGCUGUGCUCUAAGCACUGCAAUGGGUGUGUGGGUCCCACUGCCUCAGAUUGUCUGCAAUGCCACAAGUACCUCUUCUUCUCUCGGUGUGUUUACCAGUGUCCAAUAGGGUUCGAGCCCGGUCAGGAACUUCUCAGCGUCGAAGACUCCGACGUCAAAUGUCAAAUGUCCGACUCGAUUGCAGCCCUCUUCGCAAUUUGCAGUCUAGCUCUCGUUUGGUUCACAAUUGUGGUGAUCUGCAAGUGGCGACGAAGCCGAAAGCUCAUCAAGCAGUACAGACAGGCAAACUUUGAGCUACAACAGGUGACGGGCGCAGCGAGUGAUUACAAACCCACAAUGCCAUCGCCGUCUCUGAGUCGCACACUGACUGACCGAAACACAAUGCUGAACAAAGGGGGCUCGGGAAGUCUGAAUCGAGGGGACAAACUUCUGGUCGGAUGGGGUUCGGAUGAGGCCUCUGACAGACAAUCACUUCCCCGAACUCUAUACGGCGCCACAGCCAUGCAGUUAUAGACUACCAAAAACAAAAAUAACGCAUGUUUGAAAAAGAUAACACUUAUAGCUUUAGUUAGCCUGCUAACGGUACUUUAUUUAAUUUACAUUAGAUAAUUUAUGAUUGCACUUUAUUUAGGAUUCGUUUACCAACUAAGAUAACUAAGAAAAUUUUGAAAACAAAACCAUGAACCUAG